UCUGGAAGGGACCCAUUGGAUCUCCCAUGGAAUAGGGAAAAUUUUCGGGUUGCUUUCAGUAGAAAAGUUGCCACAAAACAAAGACACGAUUGUUCACAAACUCUCACAAAAACACAGAGAGAGAGAGAGAGAGAGAGUUGCAGCAAUGGGAAGGAGCCCAUGCUGCUCAAAGGAGGAAGGGUUGAACAGAGGUGCAUGGACUGCUCGUGAAGAUAAGAUACUCACAGACUACAUCGAAGUUCAUGGCGAGGGGAAGUGGAGGAACAUUCCCAAAAAAGCUGGUCUUAAGAGAUGUGGAAAAAGCUGCAGAAUGAGGUGGUUGAAUUAUCUGAGGCCUGACAUCAAGAGAGGUAACAUCACCAGUGAUGAAGAAGACCUCAUCCUCAGGCUUCACAAACUCUUGGGCAACCGAUGGUCUCUCAUUGCGGGAAGACUUCCAGGGCGAACAGACAAUGAAAUCAAAAACUACUGGAACGCCAAUUUAGCCAAGAGGGAACAAGGAGGGAAGAAGCCAAACCCAUCCAAAACUGAGAAGAUCAAACCAAUCGCCGCCUCCGAAGUAAAGCAGGAUGAGACUCAGAACCCGGUGCUAGUCGGUGACUCCGCCCUCCGCAAUAAGGAUAUCGUUACCCUGGCGAAUAGCGAGACAGCAAAGAGCGGGCAAUCGUCGGAAUAUGAAUCCAGCGAUGUCUCGUUGCCGGCUUCCAUGUCAAGGGAAGAGCCCAGCUUGGAGCAGCUCAUGUUGGACUGCACUGUCGGGGAGUCGGACCUGCUGGAGAUUCUUGAUGGUUCUGAUUUUAGGUUCAAUGAGUUUGAAGAUAUUUCUCAAGUGAUGAACUCAGUCGAGAAUGAGGCAAUGAGCAAGAACAACAACGUUGGAGCUGCUUCUCCUGGACAGGCACAUAACUUGUCGAGUGAAGGAUUGGAGAUGGACGAUUGGAUCGCCGACCUCGCUGAGAUGAGCUCCGGUUUUGGAUCUUUCGCAUCGAUCCUACACGGUCCCGAAGAUUGGAUCCUAUAGACUAAACGCUUCGCCUUCAUGAGAAUAAUUCCUGCGGAUCUCUGUCUCGAAGUUGUAUUAGGAGAUUUUCGCAUUAGUAUAUCGAAAUUCUGAAUUCCAGCUGCA